AUGAAUCCUGGUUUCCUGUUAAGCAUAAUUGCAGAGAAGAAGGAACCAUGGCCCUCCUCUCCCUCCCCUGGCAGCCGCAGCCUCACCAUCGAUGACUUUGACAUCAGGUGCCCCCUGGGCAAGGGGAAGUUCGGGAACGUGUACUUGGCCCGGCUCAGGGACAGCCAUUUCAUCGUGGCCCUCAAGGUCCUGUUCAAGUCGCAGCUGGAGAAGGAGGGGAUGGAGCACCAGCUGCGCAGGGAGAUCGAGAUCCAAUCUCAUCUGCAACAUCCCAAUAUCCUACGCCUACACAACUACUUCCAUGAUGAGCGUGUGUACCUUAUCCUGGAAUACGCGCCACGGGGUGAACUCUACAAGGAGCUGCAAAAGAGCCACACGAUCGAUGAGCAGAGUACAGCCACGAUCAUGGAGGAGCUGGCGCACGCUCUAGCCUACUGCCACGAGAACAAGGUGAUCCACAGGGACAUUAAGCCGGAGAACCUGCUGCUGGGGCUCCGGGGGGAGGUGAAGAUUGCGGACUUUGGCUGGUCCGUGCACACCCCCUCGCUGAGGAGGAAGACCAUGUGCGGGACUCUGGAUUACUUGCCCCCGGAAAUGGUCGAGCAGAGGACGUACAGCGAGAUGGUGGACCUGUGGUGCAUCGGGGUGCUCUGCUACGAGCUGCUGGUGGGAAAUCCCCCCUUCAAGAGCUCCUCCUACUCUGAGACCUACAGGCGCAUCCUCAAGGUUGAUGUAAAGUUUCCUCCAUCGAUACCUUUGGGGGCCCAGGACUUGAUCAGCAAGCUUCUCAGAUACCAGCCCUCAGAGCGGCUGCUGCUGGCCCAGGUCUUGCAGCACCCAUGGGUGCAGGCCCAUUCUCGGAGGGUGGGGCCUCCACCCGCUCCGUCGGCCUCCUGAGCCCU